AUGUCUGUAAUUGGUUCUGCUGAGCCUGAUGUGGUAAAAGUUAAAGUUUAUAAACCGUGUGAUAAUGUGAUAAAUAAAGGUUACGAACCAGGUGCAUCGAAAAAAUUUUGUAUUGACCCACGUCUUGGAUUUUAUCGAACGAUUCAAUGUUUGAUUGCGCAAGCGUUUGAUCUUAAAACUGACUUCACUAUAUAUGCAGUUCGUAGGUGUUCAGCAACUGGAUUAGAAAAAUUAAAAGCUAUUUGGUCAGAUAGUGAUUUUGCAGCAGCAAUAACAAAUCUUACAUCAGACUCCUAUUUACGAUUAAGUUAUGAAUUAACACCUCGUGAAGAAUGUCUUGAUGAUUGGGAUUUUGUGGCAGUGAAUGAUUUUAAUACAAGUAUUCGUUGGUUUAAUGUUGACAAUCGCUCUAUAAUAGCAACUGUGAAACCACCCGUUGGAAAAAAAGCUUCAGCUCUAAAUAAAGCUAUAAAUUGGGUGUAUGGCGGAUAUGAACGCCGUAGUUCAAAACCAGUUGAUGAAAAUGAAUAUAAUAAAUUUCUUGAUUCCGAAGGACGUCUUAUAAAUGUAAAUGAAUUACGACAAGCAAUUUAUCAAGGCGGUAUUGAGUCAUCGAUUCGUAAAUUGAUAUGGGGUCAUCUAUUAAAUAUUUUCCCAAUAAAUAUGACUAGUUUGGAACGUAAUGAAUAUCUUAGAGAUGUAUCAAUUGAAUAUGAAAAACUCAAAGGACGAUGGAAAGAUAUGCAACAGCAUAAUGAAAAUAUUCGAACAACAAUGCGUGCUAUUCAUACAGAUGUUAUUCGUACUGAUAGAACAUGCAAAUUUUAUGCUACUUCUGAUGAUGCUAAUGUCAAUUCACAGUCCCUGUGCAAUAUUCUCACGACAUAUUGCAUCAAUCAUUCAAAUACUAUAUAUUGUCAAGGAAUGAAUGAGUAUGCUUCGGUUCUAUUAUAUGUAAUGCGUGAUGAACCAGUAGCUUAUCUAUGUUUUUGUUCAAUUAUGAGACGUAUCCGAGCCAAUUUUGCUACCGAUGGUGUAGCUAUAGCAACAAAGUUUCAUCAUCUUAAGUUACUUUUACAAGCUAUUGAUCCUGUCUAUUGGAAUUUUUUUGAAUCCUGUGAUGCAGUCAGCCUGUUUUUUACAUAUCGAUGGUUAUUACUUGAAUGUAAGCGGGAAUUUCCAUUUAAUGAAUCUUUUCGUACACUUGAAGUAAUGUGGGCCACAUUACCUAUUGCUAGUGAACCACCACCAUUGACUGAUAUGCCGUUAUUACCUUUAUUAUUUGAUAUAACAAUGCCUCAUAUUCAAUUUCCAAUAAUUUGUCGACCAUCACUUCAACGUCGAGCACUUAGCUGUCCACAAUUGUCAAUUAUCGAUGAAUCUUUCUCACGUAAAAAUAGAUUUCAUUCUUCUUCGUCAACUUAUGAUCAUAAUAAUGAUAAUGAACAAAUAUCAUCUAGUUUACAACAAGAAUACUAUUCUUGUAUAGAAAAUGAUCAAUAUCAAGGUUAUAAAUCUAACAAUGAUACUAACAAUAAUGAUAAUAAUAGGUCUAAUUCAGUGUCAUCAAAAUCACGAGAAAAAACAUUAGAAAAUUCAUUUUCACUUAGUGAAAUAUCAGAAUUUAAUUCCAAUAAUCUAUCAAGCUGUUCUGAUGAUAGCCGAAAAGUUAAUUAUGUUGGUUCUCAAUAUUCUUCAUCAAUAGAUUGGGUAGAACGCUUACCAAUGAAUUAUUCAAUAUGGCUCGAAGAGGAAAAUUUAUUUUUACUUUUUCUGUGCAUAUCUAUACUAUUAACUCAUCGUACUCAUCUAUUGAAACAAAAAGAUCUCGAUGAACAAGAUAUAUCGAUGCAUUUCGAUCGAUAUCGCCGUCGCCAUAAUGCUGAAAGAUUAUUAAAACAUGCACGAACUCUCUAUGGACAAUAUAUACAAUGGGCAAGAAAAAAACGUAUGCUAGAUGAUCUCAAUAGUUUUUCCGUUAGUUAA